AUGUCUCUCUCUCUCUUGAAUUUACCAACAUCCAUUGCUUGUUUUACAGGAAAUCCUGCUCUAGCCAAUGAAGCUACAGCAAUCACCAUCAGUGUUUUGACACAAAACGUUGAUUUCUUUAAGCAAUGGGAUGUUCUCUACAAGGAGAAUCUUGAAGCUAGCGUUGCUCUUCUUAAAAAGCUUGUAAACGAGUGGAAAGUUUAUUCCCGCAUACUUGCAUCAUCCUGGAGUGAUAUCACUGUCAAGCAUGCUAUGAACAGCUUCAGGAUGAAGAACGGAAAAGCCAUCACUAAAAGAGUAGCCAAUCUUUCUCUUUACAAAGAAGCUGACCAGUCGUGCAAACUCAUCUCCACGAGACUCUCACGUGCCCCCCCCCCCGGGAAAUAA